AUGGUGUGCCUUCGUAUCGUUGCAGACUCUCGUUCUCCUUGGGGUUUCACAAAUACGCACCAAUCCUGCCGUCAGCCCAGCUGUCCACAUCACUUGAGCUGGAGGUCUGCACUAGAACUGAAGGUGCGUUUCAGUGGAGCACCGGUUGGCUGUACAUCUCCCAUCCACGGCGCUAAGGACAGUAGUCCUGUAGCGUUUCCGUAUCGGUUGCGUAUUUGCCGUUUGAUGUAUAAGCCACUGCCACACGGGAGUUGCAAAUUGGAUCCGCGCCAUCAUCGAAACCGUCGACUGGCGCUGGUCAGAAAGAGGGCCAUACAGCUAACGCAAACGUUUGCCGCUCGUCGUGCCAUACCACAGUACUUUCAGAAGCGCAUAAAGCAAAAAUUACUUACCAGAAAAAGUGCUUUGCCGAUAAAACGUUUGACCGAAAGUGCUCCAUCCGUGCGGGAACAGUCUGUUGGCAACGGAGAGAAAGGUUUGGACGAAACAAGGCCCGAAACACCGGAAGUUGAACCUUGUGACACCAACAAUCCAACAGAGGAAGCGGAUUCAGCUGAAACAGACACUCUUGAAACACGUAUCGGUACGGAUAGCUUAGACAGUAGAGUUGUUACUGUUGCAUCACCUCAGAGAUCCGCCGUAGAUCGGGUAGACGCGCUCAAAACCUUCAAGGAAUACUACUCAAUACAGUGCGCCAUUAGGCUACUUCUUUCAAUGUUGCAGGAACGAAUGGAAGAGGUAGAAACGAUGCAGAAGAUAAUUAUUCCCGCUUGCAAAGAAGAAAUGGUAGUCGAGGCUUCACCCGUGAUUGCGCAUGACACCGAAGUCAACGAAGGUUUGGACGACAAUGAUCUAAAUGGGAAUGAAGCUUCGGUUAAGAACGAACCCAAUAGAACACCUGAGCAUACGAUUACGGAUUUCGAUCCCAAUAAGGAAAAUAAUAUGCCGCUAGUGAGUGCCGUGGAGGCGACGUCUCCGGCAACGGUUGCCUUAAAUCGCAUGAACAGCACCCCCACUAAAGAGGAACCCAAAGAGGACACCAAACCGUACAGCUUUCUGGAAAUAUCCAAAACGGACAUACUCGAUCCAUCCUACACUUGCGAUAUUGAGCUGGAACCACUGGAGGAACGCAAAAACCGCUCUAUCGUAGAUUCGCUACUCAACAAAUUCAAUCUAUCGCCGCCGGUAAAGGCUUCAGUACCGCCCUCAUUUUCCGACAACGGCAUGGAUACCAUCGACGGACGCCGUAGCUUGCGAGAUCGUACCAAAAUUGCCGCUAGGCCAAGGUACAGUGAAAUACCGGAGGAACCGCGCAAGAUGCGCGUCUCGAAGGUGUUCGGGAAGCUGCACAAAACGCUCAACAUUGAGCUCGACUGCACAAACUCCAACUCGUCGACGGAGUUCUAUGGGUUCGAUGAGGGUGAAGUGGUUAAGCUGGAUAAACCGAGCCUGCCCGGCCUGUUGCCUACACCGAUUGUUAAGAAAUCACAGCCAUUUGCGCCAUUCCUCACGUACGGCAGCAGUAUGGAGGCAGAACAUGCAAAAGGCGAUAAUGAAACGCGAAGUGAUCUUUUCCGCGAAGAAGGAUUGAUAUCGUUCGGUUCGGUACCACCACGGCUAGAGUGUCCACAGCGUCCAAACGAUAUGGUUAGACCGCGAACAGUCGCACAAAAGCGCAUACUGGUACAGCGGGAAAACGAUAUUAGGUACCUGAUGAUCGAUAAUGAAUCAAAAAUUUUCCAUUUUCUGAAAAAGCGUAGCAGGAACAUCGAUGUAGCGCUCGACUUUUGUCGCAUGAAAGAGCUGCAGGAUCAACCGAUACCAUUCACCCACAGCACAUGGCGAGCGCUGGCGUGGCUGCGGACAGAAAAAGGAAACUACUAUUUCCAAACAGUGACUAUUGACAAUCGGACGAUUAGGCUUUCCGGAUGCCGAGGCAACCAUAAAAUGAAAUCUCUUUCAAAAAACUCACUAUACUCUAGUCCGGUGAUAGCGUCCCGUGGUCAUCGUUACCAUUACGUAAACAACUGUCACUGUCCGGCUCUUCCUGAAGGAGUAAUAUUAAAUAUCACGCAAGAAAAUGCCACUCAGAACAAAUACGAAAAGGAAGUAUCUGAGCAAAGGUUUCUACCGUAUGACAGCAGCAAAUAUCUAUAUCGCAGCUCGUCCAGCAAUACCGGGUACCAAAGCAAACGUUCCUAUCCGGGCACCAAACCAGGCCCCCUGUCCUCGAAAUGUCUGCAACCUUCGCCGGAUGAAGACCCGUGUCUUGGACCGUUGGAAAUUUUUAAAAUGCCAAAGGUGGAGCUUGAGGUAUUUCCGAAAAUAAAUCGCCCACUGGAUGGUUUCGUAAAACCAUAUUUGAAAAUGAUACUACCCCAUGACGAUAUAACUGAGAACUGGGCACGAUUUGCCGUCUCCACCUUAACUACUCCCAAGGAGGAACCGAAAGAGGAUAACAAGUGUACAGAUGAAAGCGAGGAGCGAUCUUUCGUUUUCGAGUUACCGUACACUAAUGAUCAACACCGGAUGUUGGUAAGAAGGCGUCUACUGGCGUGUCCCGGUUCACCGAUGAGCGUUGACGUUACACGCUUUACGAAACUUAUGGACGAGAAGCUAACGUUUCGGACUGCAAUUGACGAAGCAUUAGCGCGUGGAGAACGGGAUCAAAUCGAUACGGAUGAGUUAGUGUGUGCAGAUAUGCUUAGCGCCAUCACGGACUCGGUGGCCAUCGCUCUAGCAGAAGACGUGCUCGUGAAGGACGAUCCGGAUAUCGAAUACGCGAAAAAGAAAGACGAUAUUCGUGUGUAUCAUGAGCAAAUGAGCAUGCCCAUAAAAAUCGAAACAUCGUCGGAGCCCGUGAAGUCUAGAAAUCCAUCGCCUUCAGUUGCUGCACCCAACGAUGUUGGCUCGGAUGCAGACACUAUGGCUGCUGUCAAUGGCAAUGGGCCUGAAUGUAGCAAAACGAUCGAUGCUGCCAAGGCGAAGCUACUGUGUAUUGACGCAAUAAACGUUUCCCCCUUCCCCACUAGCCGAGAAAUGAAACGUCUCAACGCAACCAUUAUCGAAGGACCCAGUGAACCUACGCAGAGUCCUUUCGAACCUGGCCGACAACAACGGUGCGAUCCUCUAUACUGUUCCAAAGGCUGCAUUUGCGAUGUGCUGUACAGUUCGCAAUCCGUAUCGGUAGCCAAUAUUCAUCGGAAACAACACUGCGGUCAGAUUGAUUGCAUAUUCGGGUGUAAUUGUGGUUUCGCCGAAUCAUCUAACAUGUCAUAUCCAUCCAAGGUGGACCUCGGGGAUGAUGAAGAAGGUGAUACUUCGCUGUCCAGAGCGGAACAGAGAUACCUUCGGGAGAAAGCUACGGCAUGUCUGGCGAAGGAAGAACGUGAAUUCACCCCGACCGUCAUACUGACCAAAAACACAACGGUACUAGUGCAGAAUAAGGAAUCUGAAUGCAGAAGGCUGAAGAAAAAACCGAAAAAGUAUGACGAUUACUACAACGAUCAGAGCGUCCAGUGUUUGCUGAACGGUGGCAGCGUGAAGGAUGUGUCUGGAUACAUUAGUAAACCUCCUCCCAACGCGAAACCAUUGACGAAGACUGAAAGAAUGCGGCAUGCGCACGUCUUGCUGAACAAACUUCCACAGUUGGCCGAUAUCGAACCGCUAUGCAUGGUUCACGAUCUUUAUCGAUGCUUUUGUGGUGGUAAAGCGACCCAAGGCAAACCGUUUUCGUUCACCGAGGAAAACUGUAUUCCAAUUGCGUCAAAAUCAUCUGAGGGGCCCUCGCUGGUCGGCACUUCGUUUGAGAUGACAUCCAGUGGUCGUAUGACGAAAGGUGGCAGUCAAACAUUGGCAAAACUGCGCAACAAAGACCAGGAAGUGGUAGAAUCCCGAAUCGAUACUACAAACUGUUUGUCUCCGCUGAUAAACGUCCGGAAACGAUUGUACUCUUUCGAAAAACCGCAGGGCGACCGCAAUGAUGGAAAGGUAAUGAAAACUCAACCUGGACCAAUACAACGUAGAAGGCGUGAUAGUUCUGAAGAAUCAUAUAAACCACCAUACGAGCGGAAAACGGCCAAAAAGAGCAGCAAAACAGCGAAUGAUACUUCGUCGGUUUCGUUUGGUGGUACCAUCCGAGCACGGCGCGCAUCGGUCGCACCAGGGUAUAUAUUAGCCCAGCAAGAUUUGACUUCACGGCGACCAUCAGCGGCAACGCAGCCAGCCCACAAACAACUCUCUCUGGCCAUGAGACGAGCAUCUGUAGCUUCGCCUCACUUAAUGGGACAGAAACCAGUAAAAUCUUCCAGCGCGUCAUCUCGCCAAAGCGAAGCGUUUGAACAUAACACUGCAGACAAUUCACUUUACACCAUUGUUAAACCAACAAAAGCUUCUGGAUCGUCCAAAAUCAAUAAUCUCAUCCUGAAACGCGUGACUUCACAAACUGCGAUGUCCCAACCGGCAACGGUGCCGAAACUAGCGAAAUCAUCGACACCGCCGAAAGCUGCAAAACAAACCACAAAAACACUUAUCAAAGCAGAGACUAAUACAUUAAGCGUCCCCGGAUUUUCUGUCCGAAAACAGAUGUCAGUGCGUGAACUAAAACAGCUAAUGAUGAGAGAAUGUAAGAAUGCAAAUGCAGAGGAAAACGAUGCACCGAUAGCUUCUAGCAGUAAGCCGACAGCACCUCCUGUGGUUUACAUUUUACUGGCUGAUAGCGAAGAAAACAUUGACAAUGAACCGCAGCUAAACAUCCUUACCGAAGGUAGGAAGAAACUAAUCAUCAACGGCACACGCAGAUCGUUUGUUGAGAGCACCGAAUUUAAGAAUGGUUAUCCACCUGCACGUACCAUCCAAUGCAGGAAUCGCUCCGUUUAUAUCGUGCAAAUGGCAACCGACAAAGAGACUGUACCGGAAGGGAAAUCAAAUACGAACCAAACACUGGUCAUAAAAAAUGUCAAGUCACUGCGCCAGAACACUGAAUCGGACGCCUGUAGCAGCAGCACGUUCAAGGAUGAUCCAUCCAGCAAUGAUGUAAAGCAAUUCAGUAUUGCAUCGAAACAGAACCAUCCGAUUCAAUCGCAGGAAGGGGCCACUACGGAGGAAAAAACAGACCGUCUGCUGUGUUCGUUGAUGUGUCAUAUUAACGAGUUGCUUCGACGUAACAACCUAGACCUCAGCCCGGGCAAGAAAGGCAUCUUGCACAUCUGCCGCUGGAAACAUUUGCUUAGCACGUUCGUGCUUGGGGAGAUUGAUGUAAUGGAUCUAACGCUUACAGACGGAACCGUCAUGACAAUUAUUACCAAAAAUCCGUCCGAACAGCAGCUGAUGCCGAAUGUGAAAUAUCGGUUCAGCGCGAAGCGACUUACGAUCGACAAAAUGUUGGACUACGAGCAACCGUCGCUGCUGAUGAAAAUGAUAGUGUGUCAGGUUGACAACGUGAAGCUGAGCAAUCUGGCAUUGGUGCUGUACGGUAAUCAAAAUUUCUGGCACUUUUGUGGUUUCCUCAAGGCUAACGAAAAGAGCUUCAAGUCAGAUUCCAACGUGCCGAGAAAUCCAUCGAAACAUGCUAGUGCAAAGAUCAAAAUGCGCCUGAAGGAAUACUACCAGAAAACGUCCCCAAACAGAAAUCCGAUGGGUAGCAUCCGCGCCCGAAGUGAGCGUUCAUCCUUACCACAUACGGUCAACCUGCAAGGGCAGCAACAAAGCAACAAUCAGACGCCUUCGACAGUUUCGCUUAGCACGCAAUCUAACAUUGAAAUCCUACGCAAAGGUCUGCAACAGGUGCACUUUCCGCUGGGGAUACUUCCGGGUUUAGUGGGCAAUGCCGGCGGUUGUCGCUGGAUGCGGUUAAAAAUCGAGAACGAUUUUAGCCACAUGUACCUACCGAGUUGGCAAUGUUGCAUUACGUACGGUACAAUAAAGAAGGCGAUAUACGAUGCAAAUCGAAUGGCCAAACCAAUCAGCCUGGAGACACCAAUCCCGAGGGAGCAACUUAAAACGCAGCUGCUACCUUACGUCUACGCUUUGCCUAAGGAAGGACAUGCGCUUUUCCUCGGCCCGUACAAGAGCUCAGAGACCAAAAUAGAUGUGAUACUCUGUCAGAGUGUGUCGGGUAGCUUGUACGAAAGGGAGGUGUACGAGCGGCUCCACGGUAUUGCGUCGAAUGGUAACCCAAAAAAAACCUCAGGAUGGUGGGUCGAUGCAAUUACUUCACGGGUUGCUUCGGUAGAUAUGCGGGAUGUACUGGACAUAAAACAUAAGCCGACAGUGGAUGCAAAGAAAACUAGUGUCCCGAACGCACCGACAACUACCCAACGAUCUCUGCUCAAACGUAAUAACGUCUCAGCGACAGCAACCUCUGCAACGCCUAACGAAGCAACUAUCAUUGACAAAAGGGCAGAGAAAAAAAGGUUCGAUGAAGUUACUAUUAAGGACGAUUCAGACAGCGACGACGUGGUUGUGCUGGAUUCGAAUGUAAAUGAUGAGCUCACGAUAUUGCCAGCCAAGGAAAUUGUGGAACAGGAAAGCAACGUUGUUAAUGGACAACACCCGCGCAAAGAGUUCUCUGUUGAACAUAAUGCAGUAGAUCUGUUAAAGCUGGUAAAAGGGACGAUGAAACAAAAUCAGCGGAAGAAACGCGAAAUAGCCCUAAGCUUAGAGCUACAACGCGCUUCGUCAACUAAACUAGCUCUAACACCACUAGCCGAUGGAGGUAACGAUGCGAACAGAAAGCGAAGUAUAGUCGGAGGGCCCCCAGCGGCUGAGUUUGCGAUGCCUGCCAAGGUUCCUCGUCGCUCGGACACUUUGACACAGAAUGAAAGUGCAUCCUUACAUCAUCUGCAGCAGUUGAAUAGUACAAUUCAGCGGAACAAUUUCAGGCGACUAUCGGUGUCGGGCCCACAGCUGCUGAAAACGGCUUCAACUAUGAACUGCAACAAUGGCACCAUUUCUAUCACUCCUCUCAGAUCAACGGAAACGACAGUGCCGGCUACAAAGCCACAUACUUCUGUACGACAAUCGCAUACAUUAAAUAGUCAGGCGCAACCGGAACUGAGAAUAACCCCGAAUAGUGUAACCCACAACAUCGGCUUUAGACGAUUAUCGUUGUCAGACCCUCAGGCAUUGAAAACAGCUUCCGGUAUGAUGCGCUCCCAUGGUACCAUUACUAUCACUUCUAUAAAAGCUCCGGAAACGACAGUUCCAGCAAAAAUGGCUCAACAUCCAGCUCGACCAUCCCAUACAAGCGGAUCGAGCGUAUCAAUCACCACCGUCGAGAAUAAGCAAUUAACGACUCGAGCGCCGAUACCGAGAUCUAGAUUAAACUCCGUUGCCGUUGAACGUUUCAAUCGAACACCGCCGACAAUGCUUCAGGUAGACGAGCAGGAGAACGAUGUUGUUUUGCUCGAUGACGACGAUGAUGAUGAAAUGGUGGACAAUCGUGCGGUGAAGACUUCUGGCCAAACCGAAUGUGCAAAACGCUUGAUGCAAAGGAACUCGGGCGAUGUGUUAAACGGUAUUGCUACCCAAGCAGCCGGGCAACAAACGUUACUCACUAAGGAGCAGCUAGCCCUGAUAUCCCGCAAAUUAGAUCUUAAGAAGACGGGACAACAGGAUGGCUACAAUUACAACAGCGCAGAAGGUGUACUGAAAAUUUCCCGCUCUCUGUUAAACACUCUCCAAAGGGAUGGGAUUUUACAACAAUCCGUUGGUAACGAAGCAGGUAGCUCGUCGGUUGGUAGCGAAUUGCCCAGUAGUGAAAAUGUUGUUAGUGUCGCUUCGAAGUCUAGACCGGUUAACGCAACUAAGGCGGCUACGCCAUCGACGACGACCAUCACGAUGCCUCGCAUGAAGGUCGUACCACGGUUGUCAGUUACACCUGCAUCGACUAAAAGGCCAUCCGACAGCGGUACUGGUAUCGGUGCCACCGUACAGUCCGGUGCCUCUGGCCCAAACCCGGCUAUCAACUUGAAGUACCUGAACGACGAACAAAAGGAGAAAAAAAUAACAUCCGAACCACACACAAAGGGCGUGCUGGAAUCGAAAAUUCCUGGACUCGGACUGGUGGAGGCCAUACGGUUCAACAACCAAGAGGUGAUCAUAAACUUAAAGGAGCUCACCAUAAAGAAACAGCUGGUGAGCGUUCCAAAUCUCGAGGCCGCUGUCACAUUGCUAAAUCAGUUUAUCCACCGCAAUACGUACGCGUUUAAGCCGCUGGACCUUGUCAUCAAGUGGCAGUUCAAAGAGCGAACAACCGUGGUGAAAACAGAGGAAAAACUGACCAGCAUUAUCAGCCAGUGUUGUCUCAUCACGCCGUAUGGAUUGGUUAACCUGUUCAAGUCGGAGCAGAUAGAAAUGAUAAGACAUAACGCACCGGGAUUGUACGAAGAUGUAUUGAAGAUGAAGCUAUCCAUGCUGUGCUUGGACAAAAAGAGCUACGAGGAAGCAAAGUGUCAUGAGAACGAGGACAAAAUAUAUGAACGGGCCUUGUAUACUAUUAAAUCACUGGAGAAGAAGCGACAGCAUUUGUUGCAACAGGUCAGUCAGUUUGGCAAACAGGUGAAAGCUAAUGAAAAAAAGGUUAGAGAUCUUAAACAAGCCUCUGUAUCGACGAAGACAAACAAUGCAGCAUCCGGUGGCAGUCAGGAAUCUGUGAUUGUGAUUGAUGACGACUAAUGAUGGAGAUGCUGAAAAGAGCAGCAGGUUUUAAGUUAUACACCGUCUCGUGUAUAGCCUGGACAUCGUAUGCAUGUGUGAACAGUCAAUAACGCACUAAUGGUAUAGACAGUUCCGUUUCCUUUUGUGGCGCAAAUCGAAGGAAGCACGUUCAGCUAGAUCAUCAUUAAUUGUUUAAUUUACACUAUAGCUAAUUUUAUGUAUGUUCAUAGUUCCUUCCUAUGUGGUUAAACUAAAAAUAAAGCAAUUCUAACAAGAGUACGUAAAUUCCAUGGAAAUGACAAAAUGCGUUAUCUCUUCUUCAAUGUAGAUGUACAGGAUCCAUAGUGUUG